AGCCCUCUUUGUCCCCGUCGCCGAUGGCUGAAGCCUGGAGGCUGGAAGAAGACGAGGAGGAGCAGCUGAAGGAGCUCGGCCGAAGGCAUCGGAGAGCCAACUUGAGUCCCGCCUCAGAUCGUUCUGAAAGAAAUAAGCCUGAACACCGCUCAUCAGGCCAAGGCCCGCUGUCAUCCAUUAAAGCAGCAAUCAAGAGAACUUCUCGGACAUCUGGCCACAGUGAACAGCAAAGAGAGAGAAGACGCCCUGAAAUCACGAUAGUUGCAGCUGAACCUCUUGGGCCAUCUUCCUGGUUUCCUGGUGGAAAUCAUGUCCCUCAGCAAGGGCUAGUGUUUCAAUCAUCUCACACCCAGGCUUCUUGGAGAACAAAUGAGCUUGUUCCAGCUGAGCCACCUUCAUAUGAGCAAGUAAUCAAAGAAAUCAAUCAAGUGCAAGUCAACGCAACCAGCAACAAUAAUGCUGCCAGUGCUGCUAAUUCUAGAUGUACUGUUACAUCUUCGACACAGACUGACUUUCCAGAAGAGAUAAUCAGCAAUUUGCCAGGAAUAAAUGUGAAAAGUAAUCUACAGGUUUUCUCUGAAUGCAAAAGCACUCCAGCUGUACAGAUUCCUCGCAAGCCACCUAGACCUUCAUCCUGUCUGUUGAACAGCAAUCCUUCCAAAAAUGAAGAACUCCUAGUUGUCUUGGAAGAGCAGACAGGUCAAGAAAAGCCUAAUGUUGUGUUAUGUCCUGUGCCAAAACCAAGAUCGAAAGGCAAUCUGAAACCUGUGGUUAUAGAUACUCAAAAUAACACGCAAGACAAUCACGAAGAAACAAGGACUGAAAAGGACACGCCUUCAAUUCAGCUGGGCUCUGUACUAGAUGAAAGCUUUGGAGACAGCCAUAUGGUGAUAGACACCAUGGAUACAGACAAGAGCCAAAAUAGUAUAGUAUCACGCAUUAAAGCUUUUGAGAUGCAAGCAAAUACGGAAACAUCGGGAUUAACAAAGAAGCCAGAGGUAUCCCCACGCUCAUUAGGCCCCAAACCUAUCAUUAGUGCAAAAAAACCUGUGGUGGCACCGAAGCCAGGGGUUAACAGAGCAUCAGGUGACUGGGAUUCAUGGACAGAAAACAAACUAAAGGUUGUUUCCCAGGAAGGGCCCCUUCAGCCUCCUGAAGCUGGAAGCAACACUACAAACAAGCCUGAAUUGCCAAAGAAACCAAAGUCAGUCAUUGUAAAAAGCAGUAGCAAUGGGCUUCUUAACUCAGGGAACAGGUCAGCUUCAGAGAACAGUGAUGGACAGAGAAAAUCUCCCGUUCCUGCCCCUAGGCCACUUGUUCCCAGGAAGUCUGUCUCUUUUGAAAGUCCUGCUCUUCCCAUACUUCCACUGAGACCAGUAAGUGCUGCUCCCAGGCUCUCCAUAGCUGCCCAGACGAAUGCCUUCAGAUCCCUAGCAGAGCCCCCUCCAAGCAACCUCGUAAUACCUCCAGUUCAGAAUACGCCAUCUGGGGAAGGAGAUCUAAUCAGCUUUGAUGAUGAAGUUUUUCCUCCUAAUUUGGUAGGAACGCUUCAAGAACUUUCUCGGUCAGAAUCAGAUCUUGUAAAUUUGCCUUCCAAACACGAUUCUGCAAAAGAACCAGCAAUCCAACCAGCUGUUGUGAGGAAACCUACUGUGAUCCGAAUUUCAGCUAAACCAGCGAAAGCUUUAAGUGAAGUUCCUGAAAGCCCUCCUCCACUUCCUAUGGAGAAGCCAAUUGGAAACACAGCUGGCAUUUCAACUGGAAAACCCAAUAACAUGAAAACUACAAAAAAGGAGGAGUCUGAGCAUUCCAAUUUGACACAGUCAUUGAAGAAUGAACCUAUCAUGCCCCCAAGGCCUAGUGAAGGGAAAAUCAUGCCAGCUCGACCUCCUCCGCCUAAGAGUGCCCCGGGAAGGCCACCACCGCCAAAGUCAACCAAGGCUUCAUCACAAACGGACGGCUUUUCUCGCUCAAUCUCUGACAUAACUCUCCAUAAAAAAACCAGCAUGUUUGGGUUGGGAGUCAAGAGGAGCAAGAGUGAAGUUAGCAAAACUAAUGAUACAGCUUUACCUCCUCGACCCAAGCCGGGUCAUCCUCUGUACAAUAAAUACAUGCUUCCUGUGCCCCAUGGAAUCGCCAAGGAAGACAUUUCUUCCCAAAAUAGUGGACAUCUUGCUUGCAAGCGUGGAGACGUGCUUGUACUGGUGGACAAGGUUGACGACAGCUGCGCUGAAUGCCAAAAGGGAGAAGAAACCGGCAAAGUUCAGUUAUCCCAGAUGCAGAUAGUAACUCCACUAGAUGAGAGGUUGAAAAGCAGACAAAGGGACAACAUGCAGAAAGUUUCUGACUCAAGUGCUCCUCAAGCAAUAGUUCUGCAUGAUUUUCCUGCAGAACAUACUGAUGAUUUGGACCUCUAUUCUGGAGAGACUGUUUAUCUUUUGGAAAAAAUAGAUGAUGAGUGGUACAGAGGAAAAUGCAAGAAUCGCACAGGGAUCUUUCCUGCUAGCUUUGUCAAAGUUAUUGUUGAUGUUUCAGGAGAAAACAACAGGAAAAAAGUGAAUUUAUCAUCACCGAGUAUUGUAGGCCCUAGAUGCAUAGCUCGAUUUGAGUACAUCGGAGACCAGAAAGAUGAAUUAAGCUUUUCAGAAGGUGAAAUUAUUAUUUUGAAGGAAUAUGUCAAUGAAGAAUGGGCCAAAGGAGAGCUGAGAGGCACCUCUGGAAUUUUUCCGUUGAACUUCGUUGAAGUCAUUGAAGAUCUACUUGAACCAGGUAAUGGACCACUGCUGAAGAAUAAGAACAAGAACUCUGUGUCUGAGACACAGGUGGCCGGACAUGCCGGAGAGUGGUGUGAUGCUCUCCAUGAUUUUAAAGCAGAAACCCAGGAAGACUUACCUUUUAAAAAGGGAGACCACAUCUUGAUCUUAGAGCAUUUGGACUCGGAGUGGUACAGAGGGAGACUAAAUGGAAAGGAAGGAAUUUUCCCUGCAGUGUUUGUUCAUGUUUGCUCAGAAGAAACACAACCAUCACUGCCUCCAGUUGGGAAUAAAGGAAAAGCCAAGGCCCUGUACGACUUUCAUGCUGACAAUAUAGAUGAACUCUCCUUCAAAGCUGGUGAUAUCAUAACCGAACUAGAACCUGUAGACGAAGAAUGGAUGAGUGGAGAACUACAUGGCAAAUCCGGCAUUUUCCCCAAAAACUUUGUCCAGGUUCUAUAAUUUUCCUAAGGGUGAAACUCAGUUCUGGACCAUCUGCCUGUACAAGUGAAUACCUGACUAGCACAAAAGCACAUUAUACUCUGGGCAGCAGAGAGGAUGCCCUCUAUUAUCACUUGAUCUAAAUCUUGACUAUCAAAUGCAUUUUUGCACUAUUUUUAUAUAAAAAAGUAUACUAGAUUGUAUAAUAUUUUGUUUCCAGUUGACACUUCCUCAAAAGCCCUAUUCACCCAUUUUUCCAAGUAACAGAAUUUGUUACAAUACUGUACUAUUAAGCCACCUGCAUUUUAGCAGUUUUAGCAUUCUUUCUAAGCUACUGAAUAUUCAAAUUCUGCAUCUCUUCAUUCCCAGUACAAAUACCAUGUUCUAUAAAUUAUUAAUAGCCAGUGUGUAAAAGCAAUAUAUCCAUAUACACUAUCAUCAAAGUCAAGUGCAGGGUUUGGGUUUUUACUUAACCAUGCAGGUUAAAUUACCCAUUGCUUCACGCACCAAUCACUUUUGAGUAAAGAGGAAAGUAAAGCAGCCUGAACAGCAGGAUUCUCUAGUCAUAGCUGUGUUGUGAUAUGAACAUAAGGUCUUGCCUUUCAGUGGGUCAGACCCUUGGUCUGUUUAGCCCACUAUUGUCUGGCUGUGGCUCUCCAAGGUCUCAAGCAGUAGUUCUUCCCAUCAUCCACUAUCUGAUCCUUUUAAGCUGAACAUGUAAAGGUUUGAACCAGAAGCAUCUGGUGUGCAAAGUACGUGGCUCUACCACUGAGUUCCUCCGUGGCCCUUACCCCAUCCUGUUCCUUUAAACAAGUAAACUUCUACAUAAAGAUUCCACAAGGUCUACAGGCAACUGCAUCUAUUGUAGAAAAUGCUUUUAUAUACACACAGAGUGCUGCUUCACAGAUUUAUAUUUCUUGUACCCAUUUUUUAAUUUCAUUUUAGAUUUUUCAUAAUCAUGUGACUUCCCUUGUCAUCUUUUUGCCAAUGUGUGUUAUAUGUAUAUGUGAAAUACGCCUCACUACCAUGACUGUAUCCUUACAAUGGGAGAGAAUUCAUUUCAUAUAUCAUUACUACGCAUUUGUAUCAAAGCCUGUUUCAAUUUGCUUUCUGUUCACUGGAUUUUCCCUCUUCCAUUUGGUCCCCCAAAAGGUGUGGAAAUGUAACAGCCAAACCAUAUGCUUUAAAGUAUCAAGAAAAAAGUCCCCCCUCCUACUUUUCCACACAAUUCUUAAAUUAAUGCUCAAAAGGAAAACAGAAAGCAGAUAGUUACACUUAUCCUGUGUUUAUAAACUACAGAUCUGUGCUGAGUAAUUAUCAUUACAUACUUCUAAUAGCGUAGGAAAUACCACAUCGUGCAAUAUAAAUCUUAAAUCACAUACAACUAAAACUAACAUGCUCAAGAAACAAUGUAACUGCAAAAGCAAUUACAUCAUCUGAACAAGUACUGAACUGUUCUGAAAGGGUUCCUUAUGUGGAAGACAAGACAACCUUGUGGUAUCAUGAAUUUAAGGUGUAAGAAUGUCUUCUGCAGUUAUUCAGGGAGAUUCCAAUAUGGGAUCCAUUUCACCACAACCCCAGUUUUAUCAUCAGAGGGCACUGGCAUGUGAAAUACAGCCAAAUGCUUUUCAGAGUCAAAUCUGGAACUUGGGAACACAAAAUGUGAGUUAAGAGUAGUUAUUAGAAACAUUCAUACACAUAUCCCUGAAAGCUGCAAAACAAUUAAGCGACUCAAACAGAACAUGAUUCAGUUCUCAUCCACACUUUUUAGCUGGGUUUCCUCUAGGAUUGUCUGCUUCCGAUUGGUCUCCCCACACUCAUACACUCCCUCCCCCUGCAGCAACAAGUGAAUUAUUUUUUACACAGGAUUAGCCCUAGACUUUGGAAAUUAAACCUCUUUAAAGUUUAAUUUCAACAAGUCAGGAAAAACCCCAUAUUCAAAUAAAAGAUUUUCCUAGAGGUAUGUGUAAGCUGAGCAGCUAUUCAUUCUUUUAGAAGAAAAUGGCUGCAGGGCCAAACUUACCAGUCUUCCAACACGGGGAAGUAGGAUAAGACAAAGAGAAAUUUCACCCAAUAUUAAGCAGCCUAGCGAUGUCAUAAUGCAGUAUAAUGCAGCAAUGUCAAUACAGUAUUGGCUGUAUUUUUAUUCAUGUACUAAGCACCAUGGAAUCCCUCCAUCUCAUGGGGAAUGCUACCCUGCCUACCUAAAAGCAUUUGCUUAUGGAAAUUCCAGGUACCUUACAUACAGAAUGUUUACCUACUCUUUCAGCCUAUUUAGAGAAAAUACUACAUGGCAAAAUGCACAUAGACUGCAAGAACCAAAGUUUUGGGUUCCUCCCACCCAAAAGAGUAAUAAGGUUUUGAUGGUAUGAAGGCACUAUUAGCCUUUCCAACCAGCUUUUAUGCUUCCUGACUGCUUUCACACUGUACAAUUUUAUGUCAUUUUAGGAGAGAAACAAAAUGAUCUUCGUAACAGUUCAAUACGUAACGCUUGCCAUAUCACAGGCUUGAUUAAAUUUUCUCCUUUUAUAAAGCUGUAUAUGCCAGUGCAGAUUGUGUGUACACUUCAAAAGGAAUUAUUGACAUGUCACUUAAGGUGACAAUGAAAGUCAACUCUAAACAGAAUUGAGUGCAAUAUUUACUCGUUUGUCGAAAGUAUCCACUUUUCUAAUGUUUUCAUACAAAUGUUUUGAGCAUGUAGUAAUUUAGUCAUAUAGAGACAUUGGGGGCGGGGCAGAGGAGCUUUAAUGAACAAGCAUGAAUUAUUCUUUUCUAAGAUGGUAAUUGGAUAUUAUAUCUAUUAGCAUUUCAUACAUUUAAAUAGGCAUCUAGGUGAGCAAUAUUACUAGUUUCACAAUUCUACAUGCUAAGACUCGCGAAAUGCAGCAGCUUCACUUCAACAGUGCCAUCUAAAGGGCUCUUCGUGGUUUUAAUGACCUAAACUUGAAAAAUACUCAUUCGAAGUUAAAUACAUUAUUGGUUGAUAUCACUUUCCAGAGUAAGACCAUGAAGUAUUCUACAUAACACUUUCUAAAUUCCUCAGUGAAUACAAGUUCAGUGGGAAAGCAGCACAGGCCGAUUAGCCUAAAAUGUAUUACACAAUCAUGAAUGUAAAACUAGGAUCUGUUAACAGUAUCAUUGCAAUUUUUUAAGCUUCAGAUUUUUUUUACUUACAAGAAUUUUUUUAAAUUUACAAAUGUAUACAAAAUAAGCCAUUUUGCCUCUAGAAAUUCAAUAUACUUUCCCUCAGCUUUCU